AUGGUACUUAUCCGAAUGUCUAAUUCCAUGAUGAAGAAAGUUAAACUUAGUGAUAGCCGUAGAAUGUCUAAUACUGUGACGAAGAAAGUUGAAGUCAUCACUGCAUCUACUCUUCAGACUCUCUCUUUAAUUCCUGGACUGUUGGGGUUUAAGAUUCCUUCCUUGGAAAACAAAAACCUCUUAGAUGGCGACAUUAAUAAUUGGAAUCUGCAUGGUUGUUAUAAUUCUUCAGAGUUCGGAUACAAUACAAGUUGUCUCAAACUUUCGAUGAAAAAUAAAAAAUGCUCUUAUGUUUCAAAGAUAAAAAUGGAUGAGAAUCAAAACAACAUAUUGAGACCUGGCAGGCCAAGCAGACUUCCUCCACUCGGCGUGAGUGAGCUAAGUAGUCUACUAGGGGUAGAAGAUGGGGAACAGGAAUCCGAGGAGGUUAAGGUUCAAGCACAGAUUGUCCAUGAUACACCAGUUGCACGACUACGUGCAAUAAUGGGGAAGAUAAACCCGGGAUAUCCAGGAGGACCCUCUUACACCUCCCUCUAG